AUGCCAGCCUCGUCUCACAUACCUCUCAUCGUUCAGCCCUUCGUCAGCGACCGGGCCAAACAUACCCUCGAUUUGGUCGAACAAUUUGUCGAUAAUGACUGUAUCCCAGCCGAACCCCUCUUUCAGGCCCAACUCGGGCAGGGCGAGCGACGAUGGACCACCAACCCAGUCAUCAUGGACUCUCUCAAAGCCAAGGCGCGCUCCCUCGGCCUGUGGAACAUGUUUCUGCCCAAGAACCGCUUCUCUGAGGGCGCUGGGUUCACCAAUCUCGAAUAUGGAUUGAUGGCUGAAUACCUCGGCAAGAGCAAAUUGGCCUCUGAGGCCACGAAUAAUGCUGCCCCCGAUACUGGUAACAUGGAGGUACUGGCCAAGUACGGCAACGAAGCCCAGAAGCGCGAAUGGUUGGUGCCUUUGCUGGAGGGCAAGAUCCGCUCAGCCUUCCUCAUGACUGAACCAGAGGUCGCAUCUAGUGACGCCACCAACAUCCAAUUAAGCAUCCGCCGGGAGGGCAACGAAUAUGUGCUGAAUGGAUCGAAAUGGUGGUCCUCAGGCGCAGGUGACCCCCGCUGCCAGAUCUACCUCGUGAUGGGUAGAUCUGAUCCCUCCCAGCAGGAUCCAUAUCGUCAGCAGUCUGUCAUCCUCGUUCCAGCCAACACUGCCGGCAUCACCGUGCAUCGCAUGUUGUCUGUCUAUGGUUAUGAGGAUGCUCCGCACGGCCACGGCCAGAUCACAUUUGAGAAUGUGCGUGUCCCAGUGUCCGCCAUGGUGCUUGGCGAGGGCCGUGGCUUUGAGAUUAUCCAGGGCCGCCUAGGCCCUGGUCGCAUCCACAUCGCCAUGCGAACUAUUGGUGCCUCAGAAAGGGCUCUUGAGUGGCUGAUUGCCCGCAUCAACGACGACAGGAGGAAGACCUUCGGUCAGAACCUCUCUGCCCACGGUGUCAUCCUUGAGUGGGUUGCCCGUUCGCGUAUUGAGAUUGACGCUGCUCGCCUCAUCGUCCUCAACGCCGCUAUUAAGAUUGACCAGGGCGAUGCUAAGUCUGCUCUCAAGGAGAUCGCGCAGGCCAAGGUCCUUGUGCCCCAAACUGCCCUGGCCGUCAUUGACCGUGCUAUCCAGGCCUAUGGAGCCGCUGGUGUCUGCCAGGAUACUCCCCUUGCUCAUAUGUGGGCUAUGAGCCGUGCCCUGCGGAUUGCUGAUGGGCCGGACGAGGUCCAUCUGCUGCAGCUCGGCCGUCGCGAGAAUCGUGCUCGCAAGGACGCCAUCAUCGCAAAGAUGGACUGGCAACGCACCGAGGCACAGCGCUUGUUGGUGGUCGCCGGGUUUUCCCCGACCAAGAGCCAUCUGUAG